AUGAUAGAAACUAUUGAUAUGUAUAAUUCCAUAAAAGAAAACAUACGAAAUCAACAAAUUGCAUUUAGUUUAUUAAAAUAAGCUGCAGAUAAUAAUGAUGAUAAACUUAGUGAUUGUAUUUUAUUGGUUUAAGAACAUCAUAAUAUAAAUGAAGAUUUCUUAAUUGAUUUAUUAUCAAAAAUGGAAGAAUAGUUUGUUGAUGCUUCUACUUUAUUGAAAAUAUUUUAAAAAGGACUUGAUAAUCUAUAUUGUAUAUAAUGUUAUUAAAUAGAGAUUUACAAUUAGGAAAAAAAUUAGCAGCUUAUGUAAUUAAAAAUAAAGUUCAAAGAAAAAAAGGAGAAUUAUUAUUUGAAAAACUGUUAAUACAAUUUUGCUUUGAUUUUCAAGAGUCUUAAUAUUUUUUUAAAGAUUAUUUAUGUUUUGAAAAUAAAUUAUUAGAAGGAGGAAAUGAAAAAGAAAAGUAUUAUAAAUGAAUAAUUUAUUAUAGAAUAUAAGUGAAAAAUUAAAUAAAUCAAAUAUAUUCUAGAUUAUUUAAAAUUUCAAUGUAAGGAUUAGAUAAUUUUUGGAGUCAAUAUGAGUAAUUGGAAACCAAUAAAUAAAAUUUAGAAAGAGUAUAAAAAAUUUAUUAAAGCACAACUUUAAGGAUAUAAUAAUUAGAAAAUUUAGAAUAGUAGUUUAUAAAUAUUUGCAAUAGUAAAGAUUAGUAAGAAAUAAUAAAAUUUUUUUCUUAAUUAGAAGAAAUAUUAUAAGAAAACUUAAUUGAACUUCCGAAAUUUAUAAAUUUUUAUGAAAAAUAUUUUUACUUAAAUUGGUUGUCUGAAAAUUCACAUUUGAGUAAAUCAUUGUUGACAAUUCUAUAACAGAAAUAUAUAUAAAUUUUAAAGUAAUAAUAAAAUCCUCAUAUUUUACAGAAAUAACUAAAAAAUUUAAUAAGACUUUAAGUUUAACCAUUUUAAAUUUAUAUUUUAUAUCUAAGAACAUCAGAAUAAUAAAAUAAAGAUGAUGAUGAAGAAUUUGAAUAAGAUUUCUUAUUUACAUAAAACUAUGUUUAGGAUGAAGACUUAUUUAAAUUUUCAUUAGAAUUUAUAUAUAGAUAUACUAGAUAAUACCUAAAUUUGACAGAUAAAUUAGAAGAAAGAUAAACAACAAUAAGAGAAUUAUUUAAUUAAUUAACAGAAAAGAAAUCAUAUUCUGAAUAAUAAAAAGCUAAGAUUUAUAAUGAAUUGGCUAAAGUUGAAUGUUAUUUAUUUGAUAAUAAAUUAAAUUCAAGAGCAGCAUUUGAAAAAUGUGUUUAAUUAGUAUGGGAUAAUAAUAGUUAUUGGAAAGAUUAUUAUUAUUCAUAAAUAGGUAUGGCAAUAAUUAACAUAUAAUAAAGAGAUAGAUUAAGAGGUUUAUUAAAAAGAGCUGUUGAAUUAUGUUAAGAAGAUUAGAUAACAGCAUGUGAAGAUUUACUUAAUUUUGAAAUAUUAUUUGGUAGUGUUGAGGAAGUUUAUAAAGCAGAAGAAAAACUAUAAAGUAUUCUUGAAACAAUAAGCGAUAUCGAUGAAUAAAUAUAAAAGGAAGAAGAAAUAUAGGAAGAAUAAGAAGAAGAUAAAAAAGGAUAGAAAAAUAUUAGAAAAUAAAGUAAAGAAUAAAAUGAAGAAGAUAAAGCUCCAAAAGUAUUUACUGAUAGUUCUAAAACUAUUUUUAUAAAGCACUUACCAAAAGAAUUAUCAGCAAAUGAUGUAAUUAAUUUAAUCCCUGAUUGUGGUGCAUUAGAAUGUAGAAUAGUAAAAGAUAAGAAUUAAGUAUCAAAAGGUUUUGGUUAUAUAGAUUUUACAAAUGAUGAAGAUGCCUAAAAAGCAGUUAACAUACUUAAUAAUAAAAUGGUAGCUGGAGAGAAACUAUAUGCAGCAAUAUCUAAACCUCCUAAACUUUAUUAAGAUGAUAAAUUAACUCUUUACAUAGACAAUUUACCAUAUAGCAUUACAGAAUAAUAAUUAAUAGCCAAAGCUGGAGAAGGAGUCAAAUAAAUCAGAAUAGUUAAGGAUUCUUAAGGAAAACCUAGAGGGUAUGCUUAUAUUGAAUACAAUGAAGAAUAAUAUAAAUUAAAGGGAUUAGAACAAUUGAAUUAAGAUCCUUAUAUAGAUGGAAGAAAAUAUUUUGUUAAACUUUCAGAUUCUUUAGAAAAGAUUAAAUAAAAUUAUUAGAAUAAUUCUAUAAUUAUUAAGAAUUUACCAUUUAAAAUUAGAGAAAUUGAAAGUAAAAUUAUUAUUAUAAUUUAUUAGUCAGGUAAAUUUUUGAUGGAAUGAACAUAAUAUCAAUAGAAAUUCCAAAAAAUGAAUAAGGAAAACCUAAAGGAUUUGCUUUUGUUGAAUUUGAAAAAUAAAAACAUUUAAAGAUGGCUUUAGAAUUGAAUGGCAUUGAAUUUAAAAGUAGAAGAUUAGAAAUACAAAAAAGAGAGAAAAAAAUGAAUAAAAAAAAGGAACUAUAAAUUGAAAUCGAAGAGGUGUAAGAUUUUAAACCAAAAUCAAAUUCAGAUUUUAAAAGUUUGUUUAAGAAAUGAAAGGAA